UUGCAUUUGCAACUGCAACUUACAACUUGGUUCUUUGAUUUUUGCUGUUCUUUUGAGUUAAAGUCAAAAUGGCGUUUAGCUUUCCUGCGUUUUCAUAUAUUAUAGCUUUAAUAGUUGACGCCUUCCUUAUAUUUUUCUCUAUUUUUCAUGUUAUAGCAUUCGAUGAGUUAAAAACAGAUUAUAAAAAUCCUAUAGAUCAAUGCAACAGCCUAAAUCCACUUGUGUUGCCGGAAUACUUACUGCAUUUAUUUAUUAAUCUGUUAUUCCUAUUAUCAGGAGAAUGGUUCUCUUUGUUGAUAAACAUUCCUUUGAUCCUAUAUCACGUUCACAGAUAUUAUACAAGACCAGUGAUGUCAGGGCCUGGCCUAUAUGACCCCACAAGCAUUAUGAACGCAGAUGUCUUAACAAUUUGCCAAAGAGAAGGUUGGAUCAAACUAGCUUUCUACUUGUUGUCAUUCUUUUUAUAUCUUUAUGGUAUGAUUGUUGUGCUAAUUGCUGCCUAAGAGUUAUUGUUCUCCAAUAAGUGAUAACCUGUUAGUCCCUGUGAGGAGCCAAUGCAACAAAGUGGAAAGCUAUUUAUGUUAGAGUGUGAUUGGACAGUAUUUUAUAAUAAAGUUUCUUAUUAAUUUA